AUGGACAAUCGCGACGAAUAUCAAAGUCCGCAUGAUCCGUCGGGCUUCGGCUCGUGGAGUUGGAUGGCACCUAUGAGUCCAGGUUCAACGGACACCCAACAACCAUAUCCAACGCCGAAUUCAUUUCAGACCCCUAAUGCGUCCGCAUCGUACUCACAGCAUUACCCGUCGGCUGCAUCAUCUUCAUCCUCAGCGCCAGGGUCAGCCUUCCGAGCCGCGCCCAAGGUGGCCAUUCCGCGCUUGGCGGGCUCGGAAACGGGUUUUGGCGGGCGCCGCCGCUCCGCUCGAGCUUGCGAGCCUUGUCGCCAACGAAAGAUCAAAUGCGACGGGCUGAGGCCGUCCUGUGGGCAAUGUAUCUAUCACAACCACCGGUGUUCCUACGAGGACGUCAAACGCGUCCGUGACCAGAAGCGACUCGGUACGUUGGCGAAACGCGUCGAGGCGUACGAAGCCCUUUUACGAGAAUUGGAGGGAGAGGUUGAUUUGCCUACGGCACGACAGAUCAGGAAAGUAUUGCAGGCUUUUGACUAUUUGGCAAAGACCAAGCAUGUAAGCUCCUCGGAAAAGAACGACGAUGCAUCCGAUGAUUCCUCGACCUCCAUGGGUUCGCUCGACGCGAUCGACCAGGUCGAUGAAGACCUGAAUCGGAACGAGAGUACCCGUGCGUCGGGCUUUUUUGGCAAGAAUUCAGAGGUCAAUUGGAUUCGCAAGUUGGAGAGCGGAGUGAGAAUGACCAGCCCGCCAGGUAAAUCGGGGAGUUCGCAGAAUCCUUUCAAUACGGACGGUCUGGACGCGUCUCAGCGACAGAGUCUCGAAAGGGUUCUCCCUACCUCCAUAAUGGAUUAUCACCUCGACAAUUUGGAAAUUCCUUUCAUUGAGUCGUGCGAUCCUUAUGCCUUGCCAUCGCGAGAACUGGCAGAUCGAUAUUUCGACGCAUACCUGACAUAUGUUCAUCCGACCUUUGGUAUUAUUCGAAAGUCCAAUUUCCUUUCUCAGUACCAGAAGUUCUUUGAGAAUACAUCCGCAACGCCGCGGCCGCGGAAGUGGCUCGCCAUUUUGAACAUGAUAUUCGCUAUUGGCUGUCGACACUGUCGACUCAUGGAAAAUAUCUACAACAUGAGCGAAGAGGACCUGGUUUUCCUGAGUCGAGCGCGGCUCCUGGGCUUCGAUUUCGGCGUGCUGUUCGAGCACAGCGAUCUUCAACAGAUCCAGCUAGAAUCCUUGAUGGCAAUAUACCUCCUCUGCCUAGGACAGGUCAACAGGGCAUCCAAAUUCUCCGGCAUGGCUCUCCGCUCAGCGCUAUCCCUCGGUAUCAAUCUCCGUCUCACAGACACCCAGACCCCAGAAGCCGCAAAAGAAGCCCGCGGCCGCCUCUGGUGGUCCAUCUACUCGCUCGAACACCUCAUCACAUCAGUGACUGGCCGCGCCUCCAGUGUAUCGGAAAGCAUCUGCUCCGUACCAUCCCCAUUCCCCUGCGAAGAAGAAACCUUUGAACACCCCGAAGCAAAGCGUCUCUUCCGAGACCCAACCCUCCGCGAAACACAUCUCCGCCCAACCCUCUUCGAAGCCUCCAACCAGGCCGACCUCCAAUCAUGGACCGCAGCCUGCCCACCCUGUCCAUCCCUCUUCUUCCACAACCUCGUCGACCUAAGCCUCCUCACCCAAGCCCUCAUGAACAAAGUCUACAGCAUCGAAGGCCUCCGCCAAGGCCCCUCCAGACUCGAAUACCACGUCCAGAAGUUCGGCCUAAAAAUGGAUCGUUGGCUCGCAAAACUAUCCCCUGCAUACCAAUUCACCCUCCCGGACGCCGGCCCCUGGCACCUCAACCACCCCCAGCUAGACGAUCUAGCCGCGCCCUUCGUCCGCGAACGCGUUUGUCUAGCGAUGAACUACUACUCCGCCAGAAUAACCCUCUGCAGACCCUGUCUCACCCACAUCCGAACAAAUACCCAAGGCCGCUCUUCUGCAUCCCAAAGCUCAAACUCAGACCUAAGCUCCCGCACGAAACUCCGCAUCGAAAUGGCUACCCACUGUCUCCAAGCCUCCUGCGCUCUCAUUUCCGUCUUACCCGAAUCCCCGAACCUCCCCUGGUUAGCAUGUACCGCGCCCUGGUGGAGUGUCCUCCAUUUCGUUAUGCAGGCUACAACAGCUCUCCUGCUGGGACUAUCAUACCGCUCUUAUAACUCCGGUUUACAGUCUCAAACGCAGUCGCAGGAGCAGUCACAAUCUAAACCCUCUGACCCGCUUACACCUGGCACGCCAAGUUCAGGGCCUGGAGUGUCGUACCCAUUACUCCUAGAAAAAAACCUUGAUACGGCGGUUGCAUCGGCUAAAAAGGCUAUGCUUUGGAUCCAUGCGACGUCGCAGGUGGAUAUGGCGUCGCGGAAGGCGUUUGUUCUCUGUGAGAAUGUUGUUAAGAGGAUUGCGCCUGGGUUGGGGGUUGAUCUGAGUGAUUGGCCUGAUGGGAGUGGGUUUGUUGUUGAUUUUAGGGAGGGGAGGAGACGGGGAUCUAGUGGGACUUGGAAUGGGAGUGGUGCGAGUGAUGGUGAUGCCAAUGGCAAUGUCAAUGGGAAUUUGGCGAAUAGUCGGACUAGUAAUGGGAGUGGGAGUGGGAGUGGCAUGGAGUCUUUUGAGGAGUUGGUUGAUUUUGAGGGAGGCGUUUUUUAG